AAGUAUUUCAUUUACAACAAAAAUAAAUAUUAGAUAAAAUUUUUAAAAACGAAUAUAAAAUAUCUGAUAUCAAAACCAGUCAAUCGCCACGCCUUAAGUUGAUGAACAGCAUUGAUCUACUGAUAAUUUAAAACAAGAGGGAGUAAUUUCAUGGCAGCACCAGCAAUGCUACGAGUUGUGAAUCCAAAAUGUCAGACAUCGAUAAAUGGAUAGAAAUCGCACAAGAAUGCAAAUAUUUACCGGAAAAUGAUCUUAAGAAACUCUGUGACAUCGUAUGUGAUUUGCUGUUAGAGGAAUCAAAUAUUCAACCAGUGUCAACUCCGGUAACAGUCUGUGGAGAUAUUCAUGGUCAGUUCUAUGACUUAGAAGAGUUAUUUCGCAAUGGAGGUCCGGUACCUGAUACCAAUUACAUAUUUAUGGGAGAUUUUGUUGAUAGGGGUUAUUAUAGUUUAGAAACAUUUACAAGAUUAUUAACCCUCAAAGCAAAAUGGUCAGACAGAAUAACACUACUUCGUGGAAAUCAUGAGUCACGUCAAAUUACACAAGUUUAUGGUUUUUAUGAUGAAUGUGAAAUGAAAUAUGGUAAUGCUAAUCCAUGGAAAUAUUGCUGUAGGGUAUUUGAUUUACUAACAGUAGCUGCCUUAAUUGAUGAACAAGUACUUUGUGUACAUGGUGGUUUAUCGCCUGCCAUUAGAGCUUUAGAUCAAAUAAGAACUAUUGAACGAAAUCAAGAAAUCCCACAUAAAGGUGCUUUUUGUGAUUUAUUGUGGUCUGAUCCUGAGGAUGUUGAUACAUGGGCGGUAAGUCCACGAGGUGCUGGAUGGCUGUUUGGAGUUAAAGUAACUCACAAGUUUAUGGAAAUUAAUGAUUUAAAAUUAAUAUGCCGAGCCCAUCAAUUAGUUCAAGAAGGAUAUCGUUAUAUGUUUAAUCAUAAACUUGUAACAGUAUGGUCAGCACCCAAUUAUUGUUAUCGAUGUGGUAAUGUAGCCAGCAUAUUACAAUUUACAACUGUUGAUCAAAGGAAUACAGUGAUAUUUUCUGCCGUACCAGAUUCUGAAAGGACAAUUCCACCGGACACAAUUACUCCAUAUUUUUUGUGAUCAACUGAGAGGAAUCAUUUAUUUUUUCGUCCUUCAAAUAUAUUUAAAAUCGUAAUUGCUAAAAAUAUUCAUUAACUAAUUGAUCAAUCUAUUCAUUAACUUAUAGAUUUUUCAAAAUAUCAAUAUUACUCAUAAAUAGAGCAGUUUGAAAACUUCGUAUUGGUAAUUUUAUCGAUGAAAAAAAACUCAAUAAGUUAUUUUAAUUAUGAAAAAACAAGCCAAAAAUACCAUUCGUAUCUACGGAAUUUUUUAUCAUUUUAUAAUACGUAAUAUAUUAAUGUGUAAUUCAAUAAUUAAAAAGUAAAACAAAAGUAAAUUCAUCUACCACGAUAAAUAAUAAUAA